AUGAUCCAGAGCAGCAGCUGUGAGCGGCGGCCCCUGAGGGCCCCUCUCCCCAUAGCCCUGCUCGGUAAACACUCAGCUGAGAGCAGGCGAGCUCAGCUGGAGCCAGGAGCUCCACUCUUCCUCUUCAAAUGCUGUCACUCCUGCUUCAGGAAAGGCCACAAUGUGGUGACCAGCCGGGAGAGGAGGAGGAAGGCACAGCAGCCGGAGGAAGGAGAGGAGAAGGAGGGAGGCUCCGGGAGGGAGGCGAUGGCAGGACAUCCAGACGGCAGCCUGCAGGACGGAGCUCACAGGAUGAAGUCCAACAUGGUCCGAGUGUUCCUCAGCUCCACCUUCACAGAUAUGAGCAGCGAGAGGAGAGCCCUGCUGGAGAAGGCCUACCCAGAGGUCCUGAGCUUCUGCCGCAGCCUGGGGCUGCUCUUUGAGGUGGUGGAUCUGCGAUGGGGGAUGAAGAACGUCCCGUUUGGGGACCACGAAGUCCCUGAGAUCUGCCUGCAGGAGCUCCAGAUGUGUCAGAGGACUUCGGCCGGCCCUGCUUUCACUGGCCUGCUGGGGAACCGAUACGGCCACCGGGCUCUUCCUCGUCUCAUCGAGGAGAAACAGUUUGAGGUCCUUCUGUCCAAACUCUCCAAGAACCCCGAAGGCGUCGGGCUGCUGACACAGUGGUACUUGAAGGACGCCAACGCCGUCCCGCCGACCUACGUCCUGCAGCCAAUCACAGCCCACUUCCCCCACUACUGCGACCUUCGACCUGCGAGCAGCCCGCAGCGUGACAACCACGUGCUCUCCUGGCGUUUCACAGAAGGUCGGCUUCUGGAGCUGCUGCGCUCGGCAGCCGCCGCCGCCGAGGCCGCCGGUGACAUCACAGCCCAGCAGAAGCAGGCCUUCUUCACCUCGGGCACGGAGCAGGAGCUCCAGCUGGGUCUGUGGCAGGAUGGCGGCGAACGCUCGGCCCUGCUCUUCAUGCGGGAGACGCCUCGGCAGAGGUUCAAGGGCGGAGGCAAAGGUCUCUCCAGGUUUGCGGACGUCACUGCGGACGGGCUGCUGGACGCCGAGGCCCGGGCGCUCCUGGCCGCCCUGAAGGGCCGCCUGACCGCCCUGCCGGCGCCGCACAGCCUCCAGCUGCACGGCGUGGAGCUCAGCCGAGGCGCCGUGGACCCCAAGCUCAGGGAGCACGCCCGCUACCUGGACAGCGUCUGCCAGCAGUUUGUGGCGCACAUGAAGGCUCAGGUCAGCGCGGCGGCGGAGGCGGCGGGACGCGGGAAACCCUGGGGUAGCACCGAGGGGCCGGGGGCCGGCUCAGAGUGGGAGGGGGAGGAGGAGAGGCUCCACGCCAUCAGCCAGGGCCUCCCCCGCCGAGACCCGCUCCUGGCCAGGAUCUGCCUGGCCAUGUGGGAGAGCGCCGGCGCCCGCCACGGCCCGCUGGUGCUGCACGGCGCCGCCGGCAUGGGGAAGACAGCCCUGCUGGGCCAGGUGGUGCAGGAGAUGCGGCGGGUCCUGGAGGCCCGGGCGGCCGUGGUGGUCAGGCUGCUGGCCGCUCGCCACCCCCGCAGGCCCGGCCUGGACGGCGUCCUGCGCGGCGUCUGCCUGCAGGCGUGCCGGGCCUGCGGCGUGGCCCCGCCCCCCGGGCUGGGGGCGGGCGCCCCGGUGGAGCUUCUGUUCCGGAGCGUCCUGGAGCAGGCGUCCCAGCAGGGCCGCACGCUGCUGGUGGUCCUGGACGCCGUGGAGCAGCUGGACGCCCGCCACCACAGCCUGGGCUGGCUGCCCGCCGCCAUCCCGCCCGGCGUGCACCUGCUGGUCGCCGUGGACACCAGCAGCGAGGCGUUUGCCCGCGCGCGGCGGCGGGCGGACGCGCGCCUCUUCGAGCUGCCGCCGCUGGCCUGCGAGGAGGGCCGGCGCAUCAUGGAGGCGCAGCUGCGAGCACGCCGGCGCUCGCUGAGCGGCCAGCAGCAGCACGCCGUGCUGCAGAGCUUCACGCCGGCCGGCUGCCCGCUCCAGCUCAGGACGGCUCUGGCCAUCGCCGGCCGCUGGGCGUCCUUCACGCCGCAGAGCGAGCUGCGGCUGGGCGCCAGCACACAGGAAGUGAUGUCACAGCUCCUGCUGUGGCUGGAGGAGAGACACGGGAGGGGGCUGGUGGGCGGGGCUUUGGGCUACAUCGCUUUGGCAAGGGAGGGGCUGCUGGAGGCAGAACUGCGUGAUGUCAUGUCCCUGGAUGAUGACGUCAUCAGGGAGGUGUACGCGCACGCGCUCCCUCCCACCCCCUCGCUGAUCCGGCUGCCCCCCCUGCUCUGGGCCAGGCUCAGGCGGGACCUCCAGGACCAGCUGGAGGAUCGAUGGACUCAUGGAGUUUGUGCCCUGGCCUUCAGCAGCCGGAGCCUGUCUGAGGCGGUCACGGCUCGCUACCUGACAUCGGAGCGGCGGCGGCGCGGCCACGGCGUGCUGGCUGAGUACUUCCUGGGUCGCUGGGCGGGGAGGCUGAAGCCGGCCGCCCUGCCCGAGCUGUCCCUGCUGCUGGCAGACAGGAAGGUCCCGCCCCAGCCUUUGUGGUUUGCUCCGGGAUUGGCUAACGUCAGGAAGGUCCAGGAGCUGCCGUACCACCUGCUGCACGCCGGCCUGUGGGAGGAGCUACGGCAGGAGGUCAUAGGCUGUGCUGACUGGCUGUUCUGUGCCAUCCGGGUCUGUGGGGUUUCCAGACUGAUCGAAGACCUGGACCAGUGCUCCCACCACAUGGACUGCCCUGAGACGGGCCUGGUCCGAGACGCUCUGGUCCUGAUGAGGCCCAGUCUGGACUCCCUGGACGGUCACAUGGAUGGGUCUCUGUUUUACUCGGAGCUGCUGGCCCGCCUCUCCCCGCUAAGCCCCGCCUUCCCCGCCCUCAUUGGCCAGCUCUGCUGCCAAUGCGACGAGUGGUUCCAGACGUGUCCAGAACCGGUCCUCAUCCCGAAGAGCGGCUUCCUGCAGCAGCCGGGGGGGCCACUGAAGCACACGCUGGGGAUGGAUAGCCCCGCCCACUGCCUGUCAUUGGCUGCUGACGGCUGUCUGAGGAAGUGGAGUCUGACGAACGGCCAACAGCUGCUCUGCAUCCAGGAGGCGGUGCCGGUGGACUCCGCCCCUUCCUCCGUUAGCCUCCACCUAUCGGAGCAGCUGCUGUUUGUUCACACCAGGACUCAGGUGAAGGUGUGGAGGUCGGAUGGAGAGGAACUCCACCCCAGGGGCACCGACCGGGUUUUGCUGGUUCUGGGGGUUCUGGGAGAGUCUGUGGUGUCCCUGAGUGAGCCGGGUCAGGUCAGAAUUUCUGACCCAGUCAAUGGGUCUGAAUCGGUGGAGGCUUGGCUGGAGGACUCAGUGGGGGGUGUGACUCCAACAAACUGGGUGACGCUGCCCAAAGGAGGGACAGUGGUUGUGGUGUCAGCGGAAGGAUUCCUGUAUCAGAUCUCCAGGACGGGCAAACACUCCGCCGCUGAGUUUCCUCUGCGUCCCUCUCUGCUCUCAGCUUCUGAGGAUGAGAAAAUCCUGAUAGCAGGCUGUGAGCGCACUCUGAGCCUCUUCCACCUCAGCAGCCACUCUGUGGACGGGUUCCUGGACCUGCACCACGACGACAGCGUUCUGUCUGCCUGCGUGUCCUCAGACGGCCGGCAGGUGGCCUCCGGGGCGGCCGACCAGCUCGUCAGAAUCUGGUCGGUGACCACCGGGGCGCUGCUGGACUCGCUGUGUGGCUCGGACGCCCCCGUCACCAGCGUGCUUUUCCUCGGAGGCCUGGUGGCGUCGGCCUCGGCGGCGGCGGCCUGCGUCCGCCUCUGGAGUCUGAGUUACGACCCCCAGCACAGACCAGCCGCCCACAUCCCCGCAGGCUCCGCCCACGCCGCCCUCACCACAGACGGCGACCGGGUUUUCUACCGUCUGCCCGUCUCCGCUGAGGUCAGCUGCCUGGAGCUGGCCCACAGCAAGCGCCUGCUGCUCUGCGGGCUGACCAGCGGUACCGUGCUCAUCUACCCGCUGGACCACCCCCAGGAGACGCUCUGCAUCCCCCCCCCGGAGAGCCUGUCCGCCGUGCUGCGCCUGGCCCUCAGCCCCCCGGAGCAGCACCUGCUGGUGGCCUACCGGGACUCCCUGAGCCUGUUUGAGGUCUCCACCAGAGACGGCUUCCCCACGGUGGAGGGGCCCCUGCAGAGGCUCCGCCUCCCGCCCGCCGUGGCGCCGCCCACCGCCGUGGCGCUGCUGCCCGGGCGCCGGCUGCUCUACGGCACGGGCUGCGGGGCCGUGAGGCUGCACGACUUCUCCAGCGGGGGGGGCUCGGAGCUGCUGCCCCACCGGAGCGCCGUCUCCUGCGUGACGGCGAGCAACUGGGGGGGGCACGCCCUGGUGGGCUCCGAGGACGGCGUGCAGAGGCUGUGGGCCCUGAGCCCGCUGCUCCUGGACCACACCAUGGAGUACAAGGGCGUGUCCUUCCAGGGCGUCCUCUGCGCCGCCUUCUCCGAGAGCGACCGCUUCGUCUUCACCGGGUCCCGGGACAAAACCGUCAAAGUCUGGGAUGUGGCCUCAGGACAGCUGCUGUACGUCCAGGACGUGUACUCCCCCGUGGUUCGCAUGGUGACGCUCAGGAACGGCUUCGUGGCCCUGUCCCAGCAGGGUUUGGUCAUCAGGGAGGCGUUUCGCUGUCCAGACCACAUCAGUCCGGACUACAGCCCCCUGAAGGGCAGCAGGGCCCAGUACCAGGUCACCUCCAGGGAGAGAGGCCAGGACCCGGAGCAGAGCUCCCCGUCUGAGCUGAAGGACUUCAACCCGGCCCAGAUCAACCUCAACCUCUCCAGCAUGCUGGGGGCCAGGCCCUCCUCCGCCUGCACCGUACUGUAG